UUAGCGUAUGAUGCAAUGAGCAAUGAUGUUAUAAAACCACACAAAACGGCGAGCCGUAUUCAAGUGUUGGCUUCACACCUGCUCACCUCAAACUCAAACUCAAACUCAAACUCAAACUCGUGUUUAUCAAUGGCUUCCGAGAAAGAAGCUGCUCUUGCUGCUGCUUCCGCUCCUGCCGAUUCUCCCACCAUAUUUGACAAGAUUAUCAACAAGGAAAUUCCUGCCAAUAUCGUGUUCGAGGACGAACAGGUUCUUGCUUUUAGGGACAUAAACCCACAAGCUCCGACACACAUCAUUAUCAUCCCCAAGGUGAAGGAUGGUUUAACUGGACUCUCCCAGGCUGAGGAAAGGCACUACGAGAUUCUAGGCCGCCUUCUUCACACAGCAAAGCUUGUGGCAAAACAGGAAGGGUUGGACGAUGGCUUUAGGAUUGUGAUUAAUGAUGGUCCAAAAGGAUGUCAAUCUGUUUACCAUAUCCAUGUGCACCUCCUUGGCGGACGCCAAAUGAACUGGCCUGCUGGCUAAGCUAAGCUGAAUUUGGACUCAGAGAUUGAGAAAUAACCUGUCAAUGGAAAUAAUGCUGUCUGAGUUAUUAACAUGUUUUUUUCUUCUUCUUUAAAUGACCGUGAUUGUGAACGACGCUUUGCGACAGUGGUGUAUCUCUCCUUAUCAAAAUUACACUUUAUGAUAGACUUGAGUUUCAUACAGUAAUGAAUCCCCGUCCUCACUGGUUUUUGUGAAUGUGUAAUCAUAUUGAAUCCCCUGUACUAAAUACAAUACUUCACAAAAUUUGUCAGUGUGUGAAAUUUUCGCAAGAUAACA